AUGGCGCACCAAGCACACCAUCUCCCGUGGCAGAGCCUCUCGUCCGCCUUCCGCUUCGCUUCAAAAACGGAACGCGCAAAAUAUCAACCGACGUACGACCCGCCACUGCUCGACGACAUCAUAAUCACGCCCGCCAUCGAAAAGAAGAUUGCGACGUCUCUAAAUGAGUGUCGCUCGAACAACCCUUUUCAGCUACAGCACGAAUGCGCCCAACGCGUGUGGCGUGGCUUGAAAGUAGACUGCACCUGUCCGCUCCUUGACGUGGAGAAGCGUGCCUCUUUCUUCGUGGAAAACUGGCGAAGUUGUCGGCAAACAUGUAGCAGCACGAAGGAGCACCACCACGAUUCAAUCGAAUUACUCAAGAUGCUCAUUCUUCACAACGAGAUGGAGCCUCUGUUCAAACUAUGCGCGAGUCCGGACUUCGACCUAUCGCAGAACUGGUGGUCCUUCCCGUACGACAUUCCCCAAGACUACGGCUGGGCUGAGGUUAUGCGCUCGGCCCUCAUGAUGUACAUUUGCUUGAAUGUAUUCUACCUGAAGCCGGAGACUUAUGGCCCAGAGUUGCGAGAGGAAAACAACACUGGAGUUGCCGUCGCAGACUACCGUGACACCACGUCCUAUCAAAGAGCCUUGUUCCGCUGCACUGCAGGAACAAAACUCGACACGUAUACUUAUCCUCAUCGGGAGUUCUUUGGCGUCCCAGAGGGCAUGUACGUUGCCGACUGGCACUGGUCAAAUGAUGAGCUAUUGGGCCUAACAAGCUUGGAGAGACGACAAGAGCCGGGUUAUGGACAUGUUCCUACAAAGGAGGACGUUGCGCGUGCUCGUCGUCUAGUGUGUAAAGCGGGAAGAAUGCCAGCCGAAUUGGGGCUGCAGAUACUGGAAUGUGCAGGUUAUGUACCGGCACGCCGCAUUCCAGUGGCUGACGACCCACUGCACAAAGACAACGCAGAUGAACUGAGGAAUUACCUAGAUUACUGCUGGCAACUCGUCAUUCGGUGCGAUAUGGUGAUGAAAUCGUGUGGGAAAAGUAUCGAUUGGUAUGGAGAAAUCGUUGUAUGCAUCAAGGACCUAUGGGGCGAUCCCGACACCACGGAGUGGAUCGAAGAUGGACAGGACGAAUGGGAUGAGGACUUUCGCGAUUGGCCUCUGAACGCCGCCGAACGCCACUGGUAUCGGUUUGUGGGGUAUUAG